UUUGAGCGAUUUCCACCCCAUUUUAUCUGGCAAUACUGUCGGCAUGUAGUUUGAUAUCUACUAUCGUAUUUUAUCCAGUUUGCUGAUGUAAACGUUUUUCUUUCUUUCUCUUCAUUUAUCAUUGUGAUCUACACUCUUGUUAAAUUAUAAAGGGUGUCUCAAUCCUGGUACAAUGGAUACUACUCUAUCUGGAAGUCAAAUUCGUAAAACUUUUAUUGAUUUUUUCAUUGAGAAAGGACAUAAAUAUGUCCAUUCAUCAUCGACAAUUCCAUUAGAUGAUCCAACAUUAUUAUUUGCAAAUGCAGGAAUGAAUCAAUUCAAACCCAUUUUCUUGGGUUCAGUAGAUCCAAAUUCAGAUAUGGCACAAUAUGUAAGAGUUGUUAAUACACAAAAGUGUAUUAGAGCUGGUGGUAAACAUAAUGAUUUAGAUGAUGUGGGGAAAGAUGUUUACCAUCAUACUUUUUUUGAAAUGAUGGGGAACUGGUCCUUUGGUGACUAUUUUAAAAAAGAGAUAUGUGCAUGGGCUUGGGAACUACUAACUGAAGUUUUCAAAUUACCAAAAGAAAGAUUGUAUGUUACUUAUUUUGGUGGUAAUGCAGCAGCAGGUCUUGAGCCUGAUUUAGAAUGUAAAAAUAUCUGGUUAGCUUUGGGACUUCCAGAGUCCCAUAUUAUUCCUGGCAGCAUGAAAGAUAAUUUUUGGGAAAUGGGAGAUACUGGACCUUGCGGACCAUGCUCUGAAUUACAUUAUGAUAGGAUUGGAGGUCGUGAAGCUGCACAUUUGGUAAAUAUGGAUGACCCAGAUGUGUUAGAAAUUUGGAAUUUAGUCUUUAUACAAUUUAACAGAGAAUCAGAUGGAUCUUUGAAACAAUUGCCAAAAAAACACAUUGAUUGUGGAUUAGGUCUUGAGAGAUUAGUAUCUGUAAUUCAAAAUAAAAGAGCAAAUUAUGAUACUGACUUCUUUUUGCCUUUAUUUAAAGCAAUAGAAAAUGGUACAGGGGCUCGACCUUAUAUGGGGAGAGUAGGUGUGGAUGAUGUAGAUGGAAUUGAUAUGGCAUAUCGUGUCCUAGCUGAUCAUGCACGAACACUAACUAUUGCUUUGUCUGAUGGUGGAUACCCAGACAAUACAGGUAGAGGUUAUGUACUGCGAAGAAUUUUAAGAAGAGCUGUACGAUAUGCUUCUGAAAAAUUAAAUGCCAAACCUGGAUUUUUUGGAUCACUUGUAAACACUGUUGUAGAAUUGUUAGGUGACGUAUUUCCGGAAAUAAAAAAAGACCCUAGAUCUAUUAUUAACUUGAUUAAUGAAGAAGAAAUACAAUUUUUAAAGACUCUUAGCCGUGGCAGAAACCUACUUAAUAGAACAAUUGAGAAAUUAAAUGAUUCAAAAGUUGUACCUGGUGACAUAGCUUGGCGCUUAUAUGACACAUAUGGCUUUCCUAUUGAUCUUACUCAAUUGAUGUGUGAGGAAAAAGGACUCAGUGUUGAUAUGGCUGUAUAUGAAAUUGCCAAAAAAGAAUCUCAAUUAGCAUCUCAAGGCAAAUCAGGUGGACAAGAAGAUUUACUGGCAUUAGAUAUUCAUGCUAUAAGUCAUUUACAAGAUAGUAAAGUACCGAUUACAGAUGAUUCACCAAAAUAUGCUUAUGUCUCGUCCACUGCAGAAAAAGAUGCAGUUUACAAUUUUACUGCAUGUACUGGAACUAUUGUAGCUCUUCGAAGAGAAAAACAAUUUGUUAAUGAAGUUACUUAUGGACAAAAUUGUGGCAUAAUAUUAGAUCGUACAAAUUUUUAUGCAGAACAAGGUGGCCAAAUAUAUGACGAAGGAUACAUGGUCAAAAUUGAUGAUGAUAGUGCAGAGUUUACAGUAAAAAAUGUGCAAGUGAAAGGUGGAUAUGUCUUACAUGUAGGCAAAGUAGAAGGUACAUUUAAAGUAGGCGACCGUUUAUCACUACAUAUCGACACAGAAAGAAGAAGGCUUAUAAUGAAUAAUCACACAGGCACUCACAUAUUAAAUAAUGUACUUCGAAAAGUUCUUGGAAAUGAUUCAGAUCAACGUGGAUCUCUUGUCAUGCCAGAUCGGCUCCGAUUUGACUUUACCAAUAAGGGUCCAAUGACUACAAAACAAAUUAAAGAAACUGAAGAUGAAAUUAAAAAAAUUAUAGAUAAUAAUAAAAAAGUGUAUGCUAAACAUACGAGUUUAAAUGAAGCCAAAAAAAUUAAAGGCUUGAGAGCAAUGUUUGACGAACAUUAUCCAGAUCCUGUUCGUGUUGUUUCAGUUGGAAUUUCAGUAGAAGAAUUAGAAAAAAACCCAGAUGGUCCUGCAGGUUACGAAACAUCUGUAGAAUUUUGUGGUGGAUCGCAUUUACACCAUACAGGACACAUUGGUGAAUAUGUUAUUGUUAGUGAAGAAGGAAUUGCUAAAGGUAUUCGAAGAAUUGUAGCACUGACUGGUCCUGAUGCUGUUAAAGCUACCAAUAAAUUAACUAUCUUAGAGAAUGAAGUUAAUAAUGUUGCUAAUUUAAUCAAAGAACAUGGCGAUAACAUACAACAGAAGGACAUCCUAAAAAAAAUUGUUGAACUUACAAAUGAUAUCUCACAAGCACAGAUAUCUUACUGGAAGAAAGAAGAAUUAAGAAACAUGUUGAAAAAUAUAAAGAAACAGCUUGAUGAUAAAGAAAGGGCUUCUAAAACGAUUAUUAUUAAUCAAGUAACAGAAAAAGCUAAAGAAAUUUGUCUUCAAGAAAAAGAUGUUAAUGUAAUUGUUGCUGAAUUGAAAGCAUUCAGCAAUACUAAGGCACUGGAUGCCGCUUUGAAGCAAGUGAAACAAUUAUGCCCAUCUACUUCUGCUAUGUUCUUUUCCGUUGAUAAUGAUACUAAUAAAAUAUUUUGCCUUACUGCAGUACCCAAAAAUGCUGUCGAAAAAGGUUUGCUGGCAUCCGAAUGGGUUCAAUCUGUAGUGAAUAUUAUUGGUGGGAAAGGUGGCGGUAAGUCAGAAUCAGCUCAAGCUUCUGGAAAUAAUCCUAAUUCGUUAAACGAUGCAAUAAAUGCAGCUAAACAGUUUGCAAAAUUGAAAUUAUCAUAAAAGUUUAUUUACUGCAUAAUUUACAUGAAGGAGCAAUAAUUAUGAACACCACUUAUUUUUUAUGCCUGGAAUAUCUUGUAUUUCAUUUUAAUAUCUAUUUAUAAAUAUCUUUGAUUUUA